AGCCAUUCGCCACUACCAGAGCCUUCACACACUCGUCAGCCUGAUAUAACUAUGAUUAAAGCCACUGCACUCAUCGUCCUCGCCGCGUCCUUGUUCAUUUCGCCAUUUGCCGCGGCGCAGUGCACGUCAGGUGGCACGCGCCUGUGCUGCCUCAGCCUCGAGCCCUUCAGCGACAACGCAUAUGUCUGGAACAAUGAAUGCGGCAUCCAGGAGAGCGACGAAAGCAUCCUUGUCGGCUCGUUCUGUGACGAAAGCAGCGGUACAUGCCCCGAGGAAUGGUAUGACAUCUGCUGCGAAUCGACUGCAGUUUGCCAAUCUGGUGUCGACGGACCAGUCGGUCUCAACUGCUCCAGGAAUUAAUGUGUUGCUAUGUCAACAAUCCUAAAUAGCCUCGCCUUGAUUCGUGCUUCGUCAUCAAGCAACAGGAUGUACUGGUUAAUGAAAUAUAUCUUCCCAGAUACUCGGGCGCAUCAAAUCCAACGUUGACUUAUCUGUAGUAUGCCAGCUGGUCUCCACUGCAAAUUUGUAAUACACAAAGUUAUCAGUCCCGAAGAUCAAGAG